GGUCGUGCUGUGCAUCUUCUCGGGCCCGGUAGAGUUCGGUUGAGCGGGUGCUGGAUGGUGGGGGAGUACCACUGAUGAGAGAGAGCGGGCCGGAGAAGGGACUGUUUAGUACGUUUCGGGGGACUAUUGUUAUCAUCUGCUGGACACCGAUAAACACUCAGGUCGGGUUUAUUCGUCUAUUGCGGGAGGUGGCCUAGAGUGCUCUGCUUCUGGUUUCCAGCAGCAAUGACACAGAGGAGUGGACAGGACGACCCGGAGCGGUACCUCUUUGUGGACCGCGCUGUGGUAUACAACCCGGCAGCACAGGCCGACUGGACUGCCAAAAGGUUGGUAUGGAUUCCAUCAGAACGCCACGGCUUCGAGGCUGCAAGUAUUCAACAGGAGCGUGGAGAUGAGGUUGUGGUGGAGCUAGCAGAAAACGGGAAGAAGGCGGUGAUCAACAAGGAUGACAUCCAGAAAAUGAACCCGCCCAAGUUCACCAAGGUGGAGGAUAUGGCUGAACUGACCUGCUUGAACGAGGCAUCCGUGCUUCACAACCUCAAAGACCGCUACUACUCCGGCCUUAUUUAUACGUACUCUGGUCUCUUCUGCGUGGUCAUAAAUCCCUACAAAAACCUGCCCAUCUACUCCGAAAACAUCAUUGAGAUGUACAGGGGCAAAAAGAGGCACGAAAUGCCCCCUCACAUAUACGCCAUCUCAGAGUCUGCAUACAGAUGCAUGCUCCAAGAUCGAGAGGACCAGUCCAUUCUCUGCACAGGUGAGUCGGGAGCCGGUAAGACAGAAAACACAAAAAAGGUCAUUCAGUACCUGGCACAUGUUGCCUCCUCGCACAAAGGAAGAAAAGAUCACAACAUUUCCCCAGAAUCACCUAAACCAGUGAAACUACAGGCACAAAAUGCAGUUAGUGGACCCCUGUUUUAUGGUGAACUGGAACGGCAGCUUUUACAAGCCAAUCCCAUCCUUGAAUCUUUUGGGAAUGCAAAGACUGUGAAAAAUGACAACUCAUCACGUUUUGGGAAAUUCAUCCGGAUCAACUUUGAUGUCACUGGAUACAUCGUUGGGGCCAACAUUGAAACCUACUUACUGGAAAAAUCCAGAGCUAUUCGUCAAGCCAAAGAUGAGCGUACCUUCCACGUUUUUUAUCAGCUGCUGGCUGGAGCCGGGGAGCACCUCAAAUCGGACCUGCUUUUGGAAGGAUUCAACAACUACCGCUUCCUGUCCAAUGGUAACAUCCCAAUCCCAGGCCAGCAGGACAAAGACAACUUCCAUGAGACCAUGGAGGCCAUGCACAUCAUGAGUUUUGGCCAUGAGGAGAUUCUGGCCAUGUUGAAAGUGGUGUCCUCAGUCCUUCAGUUUGGCAACAUCGUCUUUAAGAAGGAGAGGAACAGUGACCAAGCUUCUAUGCCUGAUAAUACCGGGCUCUCUUGCUGUGAAGCAUUGCCCACACACACUUAUGUCUUUGUUGUUGUUGUUCCCGUGCCACAUUCAGGUCUUUUCUCUGUUCAUUGUUUUGUCACGGUCUUCUUUUUUCACGCUUUGUCUCUGCAGGCGGACUUUGCUGUCGAGGCCCUGGCUAAAGCUACGUAUGAGCGUCUGUUCCGCUGGCUUGUCCAUCGCAUUAAUAAAGCCCUGGACCGAACCAAACGGCAGGGUGCCUCCUUCAUCGGUAUCCUGGACAUUGCUGGUUUUGAGAUCUUCCAGCUGAACUCGUUUGAGCAGCUCUGCAUCAACUACACCAACGAGAAGCUGCAGCAGCUCUUCAACCACACCAUGUUCAUCCUGGAGCAGGAGGAGUACCAGAGGGAGGGCAUCGAGUGGAGCUUCAUCGACUUCGGCCUCGACCUGCAGCCCUGCAUCGACCUCAUCGAGAGACCGGCGAACCCUCCAGGCGUGUUGGCUCUGUUGGAUGAGGAGUGCUGGUUCCCUAAAGCCACAGACAAGACAUUUGUAGACAAGCUGAUCCAGGAGCAGGGCACGCACACCAAGUUUCAGAAGCCCCGGCAGCUCAAAGAUAAGGCCGACUUCUGCAUCAUCCACUACGCCGGCAGGGUGGACUACAAGGCAGAUGAGUGGCUAAUGAAGAACAUGGACCCUCUGAAUGACAACGUGGCGACACUUCUCCAUCAGUCAACUGACAAGUUUGUGGCUGAACUGUGGAAGGAUGUCGACCGCAUCGUGGGCCUGGACCAGGUGGCAGGAAUGAACGAGACGGCGUUUGGUGCCACCUACAAAACGAAAAAGGGCAUGUUUCGUACAGUGGGACAGCUCUACAAAGAGUCACUCACUAAGCUUAUGGCCACACUGAGGAACACCAACCCCAACUUUGUCCGCUGCAUCAUCCCCAACCACGAAAAAAGAGCUGGUAAACUUGAGCCUCACCUGGUUCUGGACCAGCUCAGGUGUAACGGAGUUUUGGAGGGGAUUCGUAUCUGCAGACAGGGCUUCCCCAACCGCAUCGUCUUCCAGGAGUUUAGACAGCGAUAUGAAAUCCUUACACCCAACGCUAUCCCCAAGGGUUUCAUGGAUGGGAAACAAGCCUGUGAGAGAAUGAUCCAAGCCCUGGAGCUGGACCCCAACCUGUUCCGGAUUGGUCAAAGUAAGAUCUUCUUCAGAACUGGUGUUCUGGCUCAUCUGGAGGAGGAGCGAGACCUGAAGAUCACUGACAUAAUCAUCUACUUCCAGUCCGUGUGCCGUGGAUACUUAGCCCGCAAAGCCUUUGCUAAGAAGCAGCAGCAGCUGAGUGCCCUGAAGGUCCUGCAGAGGAACUGUGCUGCUUAUUUGAAGCUGCGACACUGGCAGUGGUGGAGACUCUUCACCAAGGUGAAGCCGCUGCUGCAGGUCACCAGGCAGGAGGAGGAGCUGCAAGCCAAAGACGAGGAGCUGGUAAAAGUGAAGGAGAGGCAACUUAAGGUGGAAAAUGAGCUGGUGGAGAUGGAGAGGAAACACCAGCAGCUCCUCGAGGAGAAGAAUAUUUUAGCAGAGCAGCUCCACGCAGAGACGGAGCUGUUCGCCGAGGCUGAAGAGAUGAGAGUUCGUCUCCUCUCCAGGAAGCAAGAGCUGGAGGAGAUCCUUCACGACCUGGAGUCCAGGGUGGAGGAGGAGGAGGAGAGGAACCAGAGCCUGCAGAAUGAGAAGAAGAAGAUGCAGUCGCACAUCCAGGACCUGGAGGAGCAGCUGGAUGAGGAGGAAGCUGCAAGACAAAAACUGCAGCUGGACAAAGUGACCGCUGAGUCGAAGAUCAAGAAAAUGGAGGAAGACAUUUUGCUGCUGGAGGACCAAAACUCCAAGUUUCUCAAGGAGAAGAAGCUGCUGGAGGACAGGAUCGCCGAGAUGACCUCCCAGCUGACUGAGGAGGAGGAAAAAGCAAAGAAUCUCGGCAAGGUCAAGAACAAGCAGGAGAUGAUGAUGGUUGACCUGGAGGAGCGUUUAAAGAAAGAAGAGAAAACGCGUCAGGAGCUGGAGAAAGCCAAACGAAAGCUGGACGCCGAGACGACCGACCUGCAGGACCAGAUUGCGGAGCUUCAGGCACAGAUAGAGGAGCUGAAGAUCCAGCUGGCCAAAAAGGAGGAGGAGCUACAGGCUGCUCUGGCCAGGUGUGAUGAGGAGUCUGUGCAAAAGAACAACGCUUUGAAGCAGAUUCGGGAGCUGCAGGCGCAAAUAGCGGAGCUUCAGGAGGAUCUGGAGUCUGAGAAGAUGUGUCGAAGUAAAGCUGAGAAACUCAAGAGAGACCUGAGUGAGGAGCUGGAAGCUCUGAAGACUGAGCUGGAGGACACACUAGAUACCACGGCCGCCCAGCAGGAACUCAGGAGCAAGCGAGAGCUGGAGGUGGCAGAGCUGAAGAAGGCCAUUGACGAGGAGACCAAAAACCACGAGGCUCAGAUCCAGGACAUGAGGCAGAGGCACGCCACAACACUCGAGGAACUGUCCGAACAGUUGGAGCAGGCCAAGAGGUUCAAGGCCAACCUGGAGAAGAACAAGCAGUGCCUGGAGAAUGACAACAAAGAGCUGGUCUGUGAAGUGAAGGCUCUGCAGCAGGCAAAGACUGAGUCGGAGCACAAGAGGAAGAAGCUGGAGGCUCAGCUGCAGGAGUCAUUGGCCAGGGCCACCGAGGUGGAGAGAGCCAAGGGAGAGCUGGCCGAGCGCUCCCACAAGCUCCAGACGGAGCUGGACAACGUGUCUACUUUGCUGGAGGAGGCAGAGAAGAAGGGCGUUAAACUGGCUAAAGAAGUUGAAAACCUGAACAGCAAACUGCAAGACUCUGAGGAGUUGCGGCAGGAGGAGACGCGUCAGAAGCUGAACCUGAGCGGCCAAAUCCGCCAGCUGGAGGCGGAUAAGAACAACUUGCUGGAGCAGCAGGAAGAGGAUGAGGAGGCACGACGCAGCCUUGAGAAACAGCUGCAGAGCGUGCAGGCUCAGCUGUUUGAGACAAAGAAGAAGUUGGAGGAGGAUGUGGGAGCAAUGGAGGGUCUGGAGGAGGUGAAGAGGAAACUCCAGAAGGACAUGGAGCUCACCAACCAGCGUCUGGAGGAGAAGACAAUGUCUUUGGACAAGAUGGAGAAGACUAAAAACCGACUGCAGCAGGAGCUGGAUGACCAGAUGGUGGAACUGGACCUCCAGAGACAGAUCGUGUCCAAUCUGGAAAAGAAGCAAAAGAAGUUUGACCAGAUGUUGGCUGAGGAGAAGACCAUCUCUGCUCGUUACGCUGAGGAGCGCGAUCGCGCUGAGGCCGAGGCCAGAGAGAAGGAGACCAAGGCUCUGUCGAUGGCCAGAGCUCUGGAGGAGGCCUUGGAGGCCAAAGAAGAACUGGAGCGGUUUAACAAACAACUUCGUGCUGAAAUGGAGGAUUUGAUGAGCUCCAAGGAUGAUGUGGGGAAGAAUGUCCAUGAGCUGGAGAAGUCCAAGCGUACGUUGGAGCAGCAGGUGGAGGAGAUGAGAACACAGCUGGAGGAGCUGGAGGAUGAGCUGCAGGCCACAGAAGAUGCCAAACUCCGUCUGGAAGUCAACAUGCAAGCCAUGAAGGCUCAGUUUGACCGUGACCUGCAGGCCAGAGACGAGCAGGGCGAGGAGAAGAAAAGAGCGCUGGUCAAACAGGUACGUGAGAUGGAGGCGGAGCUGGAGGACGAGAGGAAGCAGAGAUCUGUGGCUGUGGCAGCUAGGAAGAAGCUGGAGAUGGACCUGAACGAGCUGGAGGGUCAGAUCGAAGCUGCCAACAAAGGCAGGGACGAGGCCAUCAAACAGCUCCGGAAACUACAGGCUCAGAUGAAAGACUACCAGAGGGAGCUGGAGGAGGCCCGAGCCUCCCGGGAUGAGAUCUUCGCGCAGUCCAAGGAGAACGAGAAGAAACUCAAGAGUCUGGAAGCUGAAAUCUUGCAGCUUCAGGAGGACCACGCAGCUUCAGAGAGGGCCCGUCGACAUGCUGAACAGGAGAGGGAUGAGCUGGCUGACGAGAUCUCCAGCAGUGCUUCUGGAAAGUCGUCACUGCUGGAGGAGAAGCGGAGGCUGGAGGCUCGCAUCACCCAGCUGGAGGAGGAGCUGGAGGAGGAGCAGGGCAACAUGGAGCUGCUCAACGACCGCUUCAGAAAGGCCAACCUGCAGGUAGGCACACUAAAUAAUCAGCUGUGUCACAAACUUUAUCUGGAUCAGCUGGAGCGACAAAACAAGGAGCUGAAGUCCAAGCUGGCAGAGCUGGAGGGGGCUGUCAAGUCAAAGUUUAAGGCGUCCAUCACUGCUCUGGAAGCCAAAAUCCUGCAGCUGGAAGAGCAGCUGGAGCAGGAAGCCAAGGAGAGAGCGGCAGCCAACAAAAUCGUCCGACGUACAGAGAAGAAACUGAAGGAGGUGAUGAUGCAGGUGGAGGACGAGCGUCGUCAUGCCGACCAGUACAAGGAGCAGAUGGAGAAGGCGAACUCUCGCAUGAAGCAGCUGAAGCGUCAAUUGGAGGAGGCGGAGGAGGAGGCCACUAGAGCAAAUGCCGCUCGCAGGAAGCUGCAGAGGGAGCUGGACGAUGCCACCGAGGCCAGCGAGGGUCUCACCCGAGAGGUCACCUCACUGAAGAACCGCCUCAGGCGUGGCGGUCCAGUCAGCAGCUUCUCCUCUGGCCGCUCAGGCCGGCGCAACCUCAACUUGGACGGCGCAUCCGUCGACAUGUCAGAUGACGACGCAGACAGCCGCUCCGGCGACUUUAACGAGACGCCAAACACCAACGUCGAGUAACCGCAGCAGCGACUGCCUCUUUCCUCACCCCACCCUUUUCCCCCAACUGUGUCUCCCCCACCCCCAAAGUCCACAUGGACUCAUCUCAAACCACUCAGAAGAUCAGAGCGAUGAGAGGUUUCUAUUCAAGCUGGGCGGAGCAUGCCUGGCAGCCCUUUUUUUCCAUCCGUCACAUCUGCAGGGAAAAUCCACCACCCUCCUCAAAGAACGCCUCCAAUCCGGAGUGCCACGGGACAAACGGACACUUCUGCCUUACUCCGUUCUCCUCUGACAAGCUGCUAGUCCUGGCUCGUCCGUCAGCAUCAUCUCAGCAUCAUAACCCUUACACCUGUCCCGUCCCAUCAGAAAUCAUCAGCUCUGCUUUUUAGGUACAAAGUGCUUUUUAUACAAACAAAACUCUGCGUGUAGGCAAAGGUUGUGAGGUGUGCGCACAUCACGUCCGUCAUGUGACCGCAACUCAUACUGAAAAUGCAGGACUACAAGGAAAAGUGUCUGACUCUGGUGUUUUAAGUGUUCUGCUCACUCGUCAUGCAAAAGCCAUCUCUCACCUGACACGCUCCCUCCAUCCAGUGUUCUGAAUGACUAAAACCUAAAAGCCCACACAAACCAAGGUCACUGUGGCCUCCGGACGGCAGCGCCGGCUGCUUUUGUUGCAUGAGUCUCUUUCUGACGAUGUUUCUUUUUCGGCUUUUACACUGCAGCACUUAUGGGAACAACUAACAUCUCGGGACAUGCAAUAGAAAAACACAGACUCUCAAGUGAAAGUAUAUUACUGUGAAAACAAACAAAAAAAGAGGUAUUAUAUUUUCUCUGUGGCUUCAUCUCAACAUGUAAUAAAAGAAUGUCUCGCUGGGUUUUAACUGGUUAUCUAAAGCUAACGACCUGUCCUGUGGAUUGGCCCGAGCCGCGAAUGAUGCACCAAUGCUGGAACAUGCACAGAACUGCACAGAGAAUUCAAACUUAAAGCCAACAAAGAGGAAAGAAGCUCAAACCGGAAACACUAAAGCUGCACUCAGUACGACACUAAAUGGUUGUAAUCACGUGCUCCGAUUAGACGUGAAGAUUAAAACUAGUCACCUUAUCACCACAUUUACAGUGUUUGUGCUCAGCCUUGCUUUGUAUUACCUUUAAAUUGACUUUAUGCUAUGAUUUGGUAAAACAUAUACUGUAAAUAAAACUGAAAAAUUCAAGAUCGCAGACGUCAACAUUCAGCAAGCAUUAGCUUUUCUCUGAUCUUUAAGAAGCAAAGGUGUGAUUUAACAACACUCGACUGCUGUUACUGAAACACUCACUGUCAGCUGGAUGGAGAAAUAUUAACAUUUUUAAGCCAGCACGGACAAAAAGUCUCAAGUGCCUGAGACAGAUGUUCGUCUGCCUGGGCCAGCCCAAAAACCUCAUCUCUCUAUAGCGUCACAGGUCAGCCCCGGGGUCUCCUCCAGGAGGACAAGCCCAGAACACCUCAGCUGGCUUCUUUAUACGUGGAGGAGGAGAGAGCUCAUCUGAGAAUCUAAUAUAGGCCAAAUGUGGGCAAAAGUCCCAUAAAGAUGGCAGCAGGAAGCUUGGUUGACAUGUAACCCUGAGUAUUAAUGUCGCCUAUAUUAAAUAUGUGAAUGAAACAGGCAUUACAGGCUGCUUUCAGCUCAAGACAAGUUUAAAAGUGUAGAUGGAGUUGGAACAGAAUCUGACUCUGUAGUCUACACUCCUCUCUGUAUUGCAAUGGUUAAGUUGCAUUGUGGGUAAUGUAGGCACCAUGAGGAGUAAUGGUGGUUUUAGUGCAUCAGUUUGGGUCCAUUUAUUUUAAAGACAUCAGUCGAGUUCCCCUUAAAUACUUCUUGUCUGCACUGGUUUGUAAUUUCAAAUAAAAACAGAUCUCAAAAGUUUAAAGAAAAUAUUUUUCUUUCUUCAGCAAGAUGAUUAACAGAGUGUGCUGAAAAAACCCUCAGAACAUCAGUGAAACACAAAUCAGCAGAUACAAACUAUAUUUUGCGACUUUAAUCCCAAAUCAAGACUUCUGACAGAUCUGAUCAAGCACUUGUUCUUCGUUCAUUACAGGUUGUCUGAAUUCAAGGGUUUUUUUUCCUUAGUUCUGCUUUAUCUCCAGCAGCCUCCACAGUGUGAAAACCACACGCCAGGGCUCCCAUAUCCACCACCUGUGCCCAUUAAUGGCAGACUCCUGUGCCCCCUCCCUCCUCAAACGUCAACACUAAACAGUAUGUUUCUUUAAAAGUGCCUUAGACACUAAAUAAGAACAUAAGCGGGCAAAGCUUCCUCACAGAGGUAACAGGUACAUCAAGAAGAAGAUACUCAACACUUCAUUUUGCUUUCUUUUCUUUUGUAUUGUCGCCGUGCUUUGUAUCAUCAUAUCCACCGUGUACCUCUGCGUUUGUAAUAUCAGCCUAGCUAGAGCGUGUGGGUCAGAGUCAGUAUUACAGUAUUAUGAUUAAACUAACACGAGAAGCAGAGCCCUCUGCGGCCUCAUUUCCCCACGUUACUCUCAUGCUAAGCUCGUUUCUCCUCCUCAGGCGAAGGCUUAGCACAUUACUGUGGGAACUGAUGCGCUGCACAGGAUGCAAUUUGGUUGGAAGCUUUAACAUUCACUAGUAGUCAACUCUGUUUUCUUUUAUUAUUAUUAUUAUUAUUAUUAUUAUUAUUAUUAUUAUUAUUAUUAUUAUUAUUACCACCACCACCCAGCUGGCUGUUGACAACCAGGCGUUCAACUGCAAAUACUCUCAUCAUUGUUAUUUCUUGUAUACCUGUAUUUCUAGACGGUGAUUUUUUUGUUUUUGUAAAAGGAAAAUAAAGCAUAUUCAUUGUAACUGUUA